GUCCGACAACUAAUUCAUAGGGCUUAGGGCUAAAUAGGUGCCAGUAAGAGGUGACAGAGAUUGUCAUCAGAGCCUGACAGGUGUUAUUAGCUCCAUCAGUCAGUCUGUGACUCCACCUGGUGGCAGAAAGCAGCACUAAGACAGGCAAAAUGAGCGCAGAUGGGAAAAAAGAACCCCCUCCCUACAUCGUACCAGAACGUCAGGGAGACGGAGUAAGGGUUUACCACCUGCACACCCCAUUCAACCCUCACAGCUCUCAGGGAAUCUCCGACUCUCAGUCUACGCCAGUGUACACCAAAGGAGGAGGCGGCGUCGGCUCAGGUCUCGAGGCUGGAGAUACCAAAAGGAAGUUUGUCAGCUACGACACGGCUCUGGGGAAUUCUCCCGGGAUGACAACCUGCUCUUCCUGCCAGCAGCAGGUCAUGACCAACGUCACCUACAAAGCAGGGACGUACGCCUGGCUGAUGUGUUUACUCUUCAUCUGCUGCGGGUUAGUCCUGUGCUGCUGCCUGAUCCCUUUCUUUGUGAAAAACUUCAAGGAUGCUUACCACACGUGCCCCCGCUGCAACAGAGUCCUGCAUGUUGAGAAGAAAAAAUGCUGUAAAUGAUGAACAUGGGGGCAGACAUGGACCCACAGAAAUAAGAAAUAGGAUCCUGUUACCUUUGUCUGUGUUUUGUUUUCCUGGUAAAAACAACAACAACCCAUUGCCGCAUUAUAGGAAACUGACAGAAAUAGGUCACAGUUCAGAUUUAGCUUAUAUCUAUGGGUGAACCAUUGCAUUAGCCGAGGCAAAACCAAACAUCAUAUUAUAAGCAAACUGGGAGUGGUUGUAUCUGUCAGAGGUUAAAUUUCAUGUCCUCACUUUUAAAGCUCUGACAAGUCAAAUCAAUCACACCCCCGUGCACUUUUUGGGAGACGUUUAAUUUUUAUCCCUGUUACAGCGGAAAUAUUCUCUAUUAAAAUCUUUAGAAACUUCUGCAUGCAUUAUGUUUUUAAAAUGAAGACUUGUAAAUACACUUUAUCAUAUACAAUAAGGGAUUGUUGAUUUGAAUUUAAGCAGACCAGCUGUCCAUUUGAAGGGAUUGACAGCUUUUGAAUGAAUAACAGCAUCUUCAUAAACAACAAGCCAGCGCAACACAAUAAAUCAGUUACUGCACAAUCCAAUUGUGUUGGCAUUGUUUUGUCUAAUCUGAAGUUACACAUUUAAAUAAACACAAAUUAGACCUAUGUGCCUUAUUUUUGUUAUAUUUAUAUGUUGUCAGCCAUGAAAUUUAGGGAUGAAGGGUGCUCUGAGAGAGCAUGAAGUUAGUUAAAAGCUGCAACAACAGCUGGCUGUAAAUGUUAUUUAGGAUUGUUGUUUUGAUCAUUUGAAUGUUUACCUCCAAACAAAGAUUUUGCCAUGAGAGUUCAUUAAAAUGCAAAAUUAAAGCUACACUAUGCUACUACACUAUGGCGUGAUGUGUUCAUUGGCAGUCAAUCGCUGGUGGAGCCACAGAUCAAGACACUUGUUUGAAUAUUUAAAAUACUUUUUUGACCAUCUCUGUGCUAAACAAACAUCUACUGGUAUCUUACUGAGAAAUUAGUUUUUGUCUGAUUGCUUUUGUAGAAUUAAAAAUCUUCCUGCUUCAUAAAACAAUAAUGAUGUACAAGAGAAAGGAGGCAACAUGUUGUUGUGAGGGAUGUGAUUCUUUUCACACUGUCCCCAGGAUGCAACUGUGUAUGCUUGGACUUCUGUUAUGUUCUAUUCACUAUUUUAUAACAUUAUUUCUCUAAUAAAAGUAGCCUAUAUAUGCACACAAUAGA